CGCUGCAUAAUGCAUUGCCUUUGCUUCUUCUUCUACUGUUUGAAAUCCAAUAGAAAAAAGGCUCACUCUCGAGUCUCUUCAACAAUGUCGCUUCUUCUGCCGACCUUUUCUGCCGAGCGCGGCCUCGCUGCCGUCGCCAAGCACACGCUCGUCACCCUCGUCAAGGCCUUCCCCACUGCUGGAGCGACUGCUGCUGGAGCGACUGCUGCCACUGGAGCGACUGGAGCGACUGCGGACUACGACGCUUUGAUUGUGAUCUCACCAAAUUACCCUUCUGCUGCUGCUGCUGCUGCUGCUGGUACGACGCCAGCGACCUCAGCGCCCUUCCCUGCGCCGGUCGAGUUCGUCAAGGCCGACUUGGAUGCUGCGCGUGUCAUCGACGCGGCGGUCGGAUCGACAGAGGUCACGGUGGUCGCGUCCGAAAAGGCGUUUGGCAAGCGACUCUUGUUCGCGUCGACUGGCCCGCUGUCCCGCGACUACGACGACGUCAGGCGCUACGCAGACGCUGCAGACAGGGCAAUCAAGCGCGCAGUCAAGGCAGGCGCGCGCCGCCCGGCCAUCACGGUCGUUCCCUACCAGUCGACCAAGAGCGUGACCGAUGACGCGACCCACGACCGCUACACGCAGCACGUCGAGGUCGCAUUGCUCGGUGCGCUUGCUGCUUCGUACGUGCCGCUUGAGGCGCGGGAGAGCGAGAACGAGGCAAACAACUUUGGCCUGAAGGUGCUCGAGCUCGGCUGGCUCCCGCUCGAGGCCAACCGCGUCGCCGACCCCCAGCGCCUGGUCAGCUACGUCAACGCCGUCGAGGCUGGUCGCAUUCUUGCGCGUGACAUUGGCGGCAGCGACCCGGAGCGCGCCGCUCCCCCGCUUGCCACCGAGCACAUUUGCGGGUCGCUGAAGAGCGCCGCGAACGUCAAGUGCACUGUAAUUGCCGACCAGAGCGUCCUCGCCAAAGAGUACCCGCUGCUGACCGCCGUGGGUCGUGCCUCCCAGUGCGUCGAGCGCCAUCGCCCCCGCGUGAUUGAGCUCGAGUACGUGCCUGCCGGUGAGAUCAAGGAAACGCUCCUGCUCGUCGGCAAGGGCAUCACGUACGACACUGGCGGUGCCGACCUCAAAGUUGGUGGCGCCAUGGCUGGCAUGCACCGCGACAAGUGUGGCGCGGCCGCCAUCGCUGGCCUGUUCCGCACCAUUUCGCUCCUCCAGCCCAAGGGCGUCGCCGUGAUUGCCAAGCUCGCCAUGGUUCGCAACUCGAUCGGCGCCGAUGCCUACGUCUCCGACGAAAUCAUCCGUGCCCGCUCUGGAGCUCGCGUCCGCAUCGGCAACACGGAUGCUGAAGGUCGCAUGGUCAUGGCCGAUUUGCUCUGCCACAUGAAGGAGAUUGCGCCAUCGCACACCAACCCUUUCCUCUUCACCAUCGCCACCCUGACCGGCCACGCCUACCGUGCGUACGGACCCUACGCUGCCGUCAUGGACAACGGACCCGCCAAUCGUGCCAACGUCCACGGCCGACUGUUCGAUGCCGGUAACGUCUGGGGUGAUCCCUUCGAGGUUUCUACCCUGCGUCGCGAAGACUUUGACUUUGUUGCGCCCAAAAACGCUGCCGAAGACGUCGUUCAAGCCAACACCCAGCCCAGCGUCAACACGCCUCGCGGCCACCAAUACCCUGGUGCCUUCCUUGUGGUUGCCUCCGGCCUCGACAAGCACGGCUUGGACUCGACGCAACCGAUUGCCUAUUCGCAUCUCGAUAUUGCAGGCGCCGCCGCCAUGCCACCGCUGCUUCCGACGGCAUCUCCGCUGGUGACUUUGGCUGCUGCCUUCAUCGCUCCUCGAUUGUAGACGAACGCUGUCUGUUGCUGUGUUUGAUCGCUGACGGCGCCCAAGCAAGCACCCGGGUGUUGUUUUUGUGGUUUGUUCAUCCAUAUUACGACCUACCAAUUCACGAGAAACUUGCAAAGUCCCACA